CCUUGCGGGGAGAGACAUCUGCGAAAAAUCCUUUUAAUCCCCGAGAAUUACGGGGGUAUCCCACUCUUAUUGGAAAGAGGGGAGCCUAGAGAAGAAGUACGGAUAAGUCUGAGGAGGCUGCACGAGCACUUCGAGCAGCACGAAGACAGACAGACCGCGCUGAACAACGAGGAAGACGCAGAGGGCAAACGACGAACCCAGGAAGGAGCGGCCACCCCCUAACAGCGGUAAAAAUACGUGAAAAAAUAAGAGACGUAUUUACCGACCUCAGUGGUGACUGAAGUUACGACUCGCCGAGACGGUAGACCAAAUAAUAAUAAUCGGGGAGAGGAGGAGAAGAGGGAGAACGGAGUAGCGAGUGAAGAACGACGGAAGGAGGCGCUUGAUCGCCCCGAACGGCUCCGCGCUCCGAUAAAACAUCGCGGGAAACUGUUGCCGUGGUAUCCACAGGCUCGCAAUAAAGUGAGUACGGAAAAAUCAUUCUUAAAAACUCCUUCCUGGACUAGGUGGUCAGCUGGCGGUGCGCCAGUUUGACGAUAGCUUUAAGAAGAAUAAGCUGCUAGAAGCGGAAAAGGAACAGCGCCGCUGUAAACAAACAAAGAAUGGCUUCCGGUGUAAGGGAUAUGGUGAUGUAAAACGACCCACAAUCCUUAUAACCCGGAAGCUCAUUGACGGACUUAAAACAGGAAGAGAAAGCCAACAAAAAGAACAGAAACGGGGGUCUUUAAGUACAUUGGUGUGAAAGACCGUACCUUAAAUUAAAUUUCGCCACUAGAGCAGCAUACCAACAUAUUUGAAACCAGAAAACAGCCGGGCGGCAGGUGGCAGGCGGCAGGCGGCAAGCAAACCCAGACGAACGCUGCUUAAAGAGGUACCAACGCUUAACUCUAACUAACAGUUAUCGGUACUAAAACGAACAUGGCGACUAGAAGGGGACCUUAUGUAAACGAGAAAGUAGUAAAAGGCCCUAAUCAAGACCCGGCCACACCAGAAAGAUACCCCGAAUAUGGGGCGAGACUGGAACAUCUGAUUGAAAUUACUACAAACUCACUAAAAGAUACGGCCGCUUUUCAGCAGGAAUCAAAGGAGAGGAUGGCCAGGCUGGAGUUAGAGUUGCUCAACAUCAAAAAAGAAAUGGGCCACUUUAAGAAAAUCGACGAGACGUUAAACAUAAUUAAAGACGGAUUAAAAGAUCAUGAAAACCGAAUUUCGGACAUUGAGGACUCAAUGGAAAAUUUAAAAGAUAAUUACUUGAGGCAAGAAGACGCGGUGGCAUUAUUGGAGUACGCUCAGAAGGAAAACACUCUGAGAAUAAGAGGACUAGCAGAACUUGAAGGUGAAAUACUAUCCAAGCGACUUAUGCCGAUGCUCCAAGAAGUCUGGGACCUUGAAGAAGAGGAUGCGAUCAGGGAAAUCGAUCAACUUUAUAGGGUAAAUUCAAGAGCUGCCUUUGACAGGAAACUGCCAAGAGACAUAAUUAUGCACUGCGUAAGAAAAAGCUUAAAAGAUGAAAUCUUAAGGUAUCACUCAAGACAACCCAUUAAAGUGGAUGGGAAAACACUGAUCAUUAUGAAAGAAAUCCCACAGUCGAUUCAGAGACGGCGAAAGGACUAUAAAUGCCUGACGGACACCCUCAGAAAAAACAGCAUCAUAUACCGCUGGAUUAUUCCGGAAGGAAUAUCCUUCGUCUGGAAUGGGAAAAGACUGAACAUUGUUACGGUACAAAGAGCGCAGGAGAUUACCCAAAAGUUGAGAAAAGCCAUCCAAGAAAAAGGAAACAGCGAGGAUUGUAAUAGCGAGGCACUGGAAAUCAGAACAGUUACCCAAGAUCGAGGAAUGGAGGGAGAAGGUGCAAACAUUAUAUGUAAUGGACAGACUUUCCUUUCAGAUAAAGGAGCGGCCUGCGGAGGAUUACCUACAAACCUGGAUACCAUGGACGCUGUAUCAGUCAAAGAACCAUAA